AUGGCCCCCAAUUACGAAGCCUGGUCCAGAACGGACUUGAUCGCUCGCAUCGCCGCACUAGAGCAAAGAGAAGCUUCCAAUUCUACUUCCACACAACCCAAUACCGAUUUCGACUUUUACUCCUACCCCAUCCGAAAAAUUGCCUCUCAAGGAGUGCUAUUUGAUGCACUGUGCCGGGCGCGUCUGAUUGACGAGGCACGAGGGUAUGAUGGCUGUGGUUGGGAGAAAUGUGGACGGACGGAUCGAGGUGUGAGUGCUGCUAGUCAGGUUAUCUCGCUCUGGAUGAAAAUGACGACGACAUGGUCGGAUUGUUCGAUAACACCACCAACACCUCUGUGGCCUCCGAAACCGGAGGAAGAGCACGACUAUCCCGGAAUCCUGAAUCGUAUCUUACCCCCUACGAUCCGCAGUUCUCCUGCACGACGGUCCUGCACGUUCCGUCACUUACAAGUACUUUUUCUCAGAUCUGAACUUGGACCUCUCCCUCAUGCGCGAGGCCGCCAGUCCAUCUUCAUCCCUUCGAAGCAGCUGACGCUGUUCAUGCGGAGGAUCUUGCGAGCCGAGAUCAAUGCUGUGGAGGCGGGGAUGUUCGUGUUCGAUUUGGUGGGAACGGCGUUUCUGUACCACCAAGUACGGAAUAUCAUGGCGGUGCUCUUACUCGUUGGACGCGGACUGGAGCCGCCCGACAUUAUCACGCAGCUGCUUAACAUGUCUGAGGGUGCGGAGCCAGGGAACUGGGAGGUUCUGAGUAGAAAGCCCGAGUAUCAGAUGGCAGAUGGGCUUCCGCUGGUGCUAUGGGAUUGUAGGUGGCAGACUGGAGGCGCUGAGGGUGAAAUUCGUGGUGGACAGGCGCGCGGGAUCUAUGAGCACCUCGAGGGUAUAUACGAGCGCUCUAGGGUGUUCACAACGCUGAACCAUCAUUUCUUGAAGAAGGCCGCGGAGCUACAUUCGUCGAGACCGGUUGUCACGCGGCAGGCGACACCGUUCCGCUUGGUGCCGGGGACGACUAGAAGGGUUCGCCAGUACGUGCCACUGAUGCGAAGGGUGAGGAACGACGAAGUAGAGGCUAUUAAUGAGAGAUGGAGGAAUGGAAAAGGGAAGAAACAUCUAGCAAAGGUGGACAACGGCGAUGACGAUGAGGGUGACGGUGGUGAUGAUGACGGCGAUGAGUAG